UGCUGCUUGGACUCAGUGUGAGUGUUUACACAAGAGAUUCCGCUGAGUUUUUAUUGUAAUAUGUCUGUGAGAUUGUAAACAAACACACUCUAGACCAGUGCAUAUUGUUACCAAGACUAAGUUAGAUUUCACCUUUAUAUAGCCAAAAAAAAAAAAACUAAUAAUUUCUCAUACAAAUAGUACCAAGGGACAUAAAACUGACCAAAGCUGAAGAAAAACCAUUCAAACAAUACUUACUGUAUACUUGUAUACAAUAUACAAUUAUUACUGGAAGUUUUGGACUUUGAAUGAUGGAAAAUAAGUUGACAACUAUAAUUGGAAGUUGAGACUGUCUUAUGAUUUACAUAACAAAUAUCAUUUGAGGUACAUAGAGCUUUUAAAGGGCCUAUUAUUUAUGUAUUAAAAUUGCUUACAUCUCAUAUAUAUAUAUAUAUAUGUGUGUGUGUGUGUGUGUGUGUGUGUGUGUGUGUGUGUGUGUGUGUGUGUGUAACUGUGAGAAAUUGUGCUGUUGACCACCUUGGCCAAAGAGUGACAGUUACAAUUACACUGUGCAGCAUUUUCUGAGUAUGUUGAUUUAUUUGCUGAAGCUGUGCAUUCAUCUGUCCCUUUAAACUGACACGCACGCGCGGGACCCGAGCGCGCGCGCGCCUGGAUGGAUUCCAUCUAGGAGUGAUCUACUCACAUUCCCUGCUUUACUAUGAUCUAGUAUUCUCAACAAAUAACAACUACAAACUUUUAUCGAUUGUUACGAGAAGUUUUUUUAAAGAGCAAUUAAUACGUUAACAUUUAUUUUAGUUGGUGUUCAAUAUCAAAUACUUUCUCCCAAAAUGACGCUGGCAGUCAUUGGUCUUUUUACCCUGUUUACCAGCAUCAUCGCCACCACGCCUGCAUCUAGAGAGUUUGUAUCUCUGGCAGAAAGAGAAGAUGCUCUUCUAAGGGAGUUGUUUCAGGGGUACCAGCGUUGGGUCAGGCCGGUUCAGCAUGCAAACCACUCUGUGAAGGUCCGCUUUGGCUUGAAGAUAUCUCAGCUAGUGGAUGUGGAUGAGAAAAACCAACUCAUGACCACUAAUGUGUGGCUAUGGCAGGUAAAAUGGCUGGAUUAUAAACUGCGAUGGAACCCUGAGAAUUAUGGUGGCAUCACCUCUAUAAGAGUCCCGUCAGAGAGCAUCUGGCUCCCAGACAUUGUUUUAUAUGAGAAUGCUGAUGGACGUUUUGAAGGCUCACUUAUGACCAAAGCCAUCGUGCGGUACAACGGCAUGGUCACAUGGACGCCUCCUGCCAGCUACAAGUCCGCCUGCACCAUGGACGUGACCUUUUUCCCAUUCGAUCGGCAGAACUGUUCUAUGAAGUUUGGCUCUUGGACGUAUGAUGGAAACAUGGUCGAACUAGUCCUCAUCAAUCAGCAGGUGGACCGAAGCGACUUCUUUGAUAACGGCGAGUGGGAGAUUCUCAGCGCCACUGGGGUCAAAGGCAGUCGGCGAGACGGCCACCUCUCCUACCCCUACAUCACGUACUCGUUCAUCCUGAAACGUCUUCCUCUCUUCUACACACUCUUCCUCAUUAUUCCCUGCCUGGGCUUGUCCUUUCUUACAGUGCUGGUCUUCUACCUGCCCUCUGAUGAAGGGGAAAAAGUCUCUCUCUCCACCUCCGUCCUGGUGUCCCUCACUGUGUUCCUUCUCGUCAUCGAGGAGAUCAUCCCUUCUUCCUCCAAGGUUAUCCCGCUGAUUGGAGAGUACCUGCUUUUUAUCAUGAUUUUUGUCACUCUCUCCAUCAUCGUGACGGUUUUUGUGAUCAACGUCCACCACCGCUCUUCAGCUACUUACCAUCCCAUGUCUCCGUGGGUGCGUUCGCUGUUUCUCCAGCAGUUGCCUCAUUUGCUCUGCAUGAGGGGAAACACAGACCGCUAUCAUUACCCAGAGCUGGAGCCUCACAGCCCUGACCUUAAGCCCAGGAACAAGAAAAGGCCACCUGGCCCUGAAGGAGAAGGUCAAGCUCUGAUUAAUAUGCUGGAACAGGCUACCAACUCGGUUCGCUACAUCUCACGCCACAUUAAAAAGGAGCAUUUUAUUAGGGAGGUAGUUCAGGACUGGAAGUUUGUGGCUCAGGUGUUGGACAGGAUUUUUCUCUGGGCCUUCCUCACAGUCUCUGUGCUCGGCACCAUUCUCAUCUUUACACCUGCCCUCAAGAUGUUCCUGCGCACACCUCCGCCUCCUUCUCCGUGA